AAUGGAGUAUAUCACUUUUAUCAUUUAUGGACGCAGAAAGUUUGACGGGUUCAAGAAAAAUUACCUAAUUGUUUCAACUAAUUCACUUUGGUCGUGUCGACAAUUUAAGAGUCGGGUGCCAUUUAUUAUUGGAGUUGGAGUUGGAGUUCAACUAAUUGACAUCGAUUACUUUUAAAAGUUAAACGAAAUAGAGGAAUAAAGAUGGAGAUUAUAGAAGGAAAACGAAAUGGAUCUCAAUUAUAUGUUUAUAACAAUUAUACCUACUAUAUGGACAAAAGAUAUAGUAAUAUAUAUCGUUGCUCGAAGCGUAAGAUUGAGAAAUGCUCUGCAGUCAUAGAAAAAGAAGGAGAAUCUUAUAAUUUGAAACAUAAACAUAAUCAUUCAGAAGAUCAAUAUGUUGUUGAAAUUCAUAAAAUGAAAAAAGAAAUGAUUCAAUUGUGUAAAGAAACAACGAAAUCUUCUAAACAUGUAUUUGAUACAGUUUCUUGCAAUAAUUUGAGAGUUGCACCAUAUAUUUCAUACAGUAGCAUGAAAUCUAUUCUCAGCCGUCACAAGGCCAAAUCACGUCCAGAUAUUCCUAAUGAUUUACAUGAUUUGCACAAACAAUUAGAAACGUAUAUACCUACAAGUAAUAUUUAUAAAGGUUGUGCUAAAUCGUCUGAUAACAAAGUAGCACUUAUUUUUAGUAAUGAUGUAUUAUUAAAAGUACUAUCUGAAGCAUGUGAAAUUUUUGUGGAUGGGACAUUUUCGAUUGUACCAAAGAAACCUGCUAUUGCCCAGUUGUACACCAUACACAUUCGCUACAUAGAUACAGUAUGUAAUGUAUAA